UCCGCACCGGAAGUUGCGCCCCGGCCGCGCCCCGGAAGCGCCCCGCGUGCUGCCCCGCCCGCGCCGGAAGCCCGUGGUUGCUCGGCAACGCGCGGCUUCCCGGCGACGUCGGCCGGGCGGGAGCUGGAGGAUGAACGUGCGGCCGCUGGUGCCCCUGGCUCUGCCCCGCGGGCGGCCGCUGCGCUGCGAGCUGUGCGGGGGGCCGGCCCAGCUGCGCUGCGGGGCCUGCCGCGUCACCUGCUACUGUCCUCUCCCUUAGAUGCUGAAUAGGUCAUUCCGCUUCACCAGCUAAUUUGGAUGAGAUGGGAGUCUGUGGUUGGAUGUCAUUACAUACUGGAAACGUCAGAGCCCCUAUUUUUCCACUAAUCCUAAAACAUAAGAAUGACUAUACUGGGUCAGACCAAACAUCCAUCCAGCCUAGUAUCCUGUCUACUGACCGUGGCGAAUGCCAGGUGCCCCAGAGGGAGUGAACUUAACAGUGAUGUAGAUCAUCAAAAAGCUGACUGGGUUAGCAUCCAUGAGAAAAUAUGCCAAUUGUUGAUUCCAAUACGUACAUGUUUUCCAUUUUUCAAUUCUGAAAAAGAAAGAAAACAUGGCAUGGAACAGCUUCUUCACAGGAAGAAACACUUAGUUGACCUUACUCACAAAGUGGCCCAGAAGUUUGUGUUUGAAGGAAAACAUGAAGAAGCAAUUCCUGCAGCUUUACAUUCACUGCGUUUCAGCAUUGAUACCUGUGGCUCAGAUUCUAUGGAAUUAGUUCCUGCUUAUCUCAUUUUAGCUGAGGCUAGCACUGGUCUUGGCCAUCUUACCCAGGCAGAGGAAUACCUCUCACAAGCUCAAUGGAUUGUCCUCAAAACUUCUGACUGCAGUAAUGGCAUUCAGUCUAAAUUGCAUCGUAACCUGGGUCUCCUCUAUGCUGCUAAAGGAAAUUUUGAAGAGUCUUUAUACCACCUGGCUGCUGAUAUUUAUUUUGCCAGUUGUGCAUUUGGAACUCAUGACAUUAGUACAUCUGGAGGUUAUUUUCACAUGGCUAAUGUGUUCUUUCGUCAGAACAAAAUGGACAUUGCAGACUCACUAUACACUGAGGUAACCGAUAUCUGGCAUGCCCAUUUCAGUCGACUGAUUCAAGUCCAAUCACAAACUCUCACUUCUCCAGCAGAAAUUAAUAUAUUGUCUGAAGAAGUGGAAAUCAGUGAAGAACCUCUGAAUGAAGCUCAGCAAGCCGAAGGAAGUCAAGUACUGAAUGCAAUAUUAGAUAUCAGAGAACAGGCACCAAAGCAACAACCUGCUAAAACUGCCAGCGUUGUACAUGCUCUUGCAAUGCUUCAUUACUUGAUCUUGGAUUUACCAAAGGCUCAUGAUCUUGGGAUGAAAGCUUUUCUAAUAACCAAACAAUUGCCAAACCAAGAUGCAUCAGAAGCUAUUCAUCAUCUAUUAAAAUUGAUUAAAUCCAAGCCUUUGUUCGCGAAAUAGGGUGCAGUUUCUUCACCUCUUUAUCUUUUCAACUAGGUUGCAUUACGAGUGUUGUACUUUUGCCUGCUAUCACCUGUUUAGAAACAUUAUCUGUAUAUUUGUUUGCUUUUAUUAAAAUUAUACUUUAAGCCAGUUUUAGUUUAUCAUAGCUGAUUCGAUUUUAUAUGGAUGGUGGUAAUAUAUAACAAUGUAGCAGGGUAGGAAAUGAGAAUAUGAUCAAAACAAGAUUAACAACUUUAAAACAAAUGCGUAGCCAAUACGAUGAACAAGCAAAAUAUGCAACAAUUUCUCCAUGCUGUCCCUCUGAAAAGUUCUCUUAGUACAGUAUAUUUCAGUGGUGGAGAUGAA